CUCGAUUGUGGGUCGGCUUUUUCCGGUCGGACUCGGAAUCAGAGCUUAGAGCGCCUCACUGUUAUCGCCACAGACACAUCAAUCGGGUCCUGGUUCUCGGUUGUUCAUAUACUCACUCUAGUAAAACAACAAAAAGACCCCAAAGUACUCUGCUUUUGAAAUGGACACCGCCAACCAGCUCGCUUCUGCGGGGACGUUUCAAGUGCUGAAAUUACCUCUGGGAUUUAUCCGUGUUUUGGAAUGGCUCUUUUCCAUCUUCGCAUUUGCAACAUGUGGUGGUUAUACUGGGCAGCUGCGGGUUAGCGUGGACUGCAUGGAGAAGGCCAGCAGCAACCUCAGCAUUGGCAUUGACUUUGGUUAUCCUUUCAGGUUGCACCAGGUGUCCUUUGAAGCACCCAUGUGUGAGGCCAUGAGGAGGGAGCGUGUUUUCCUGACUGGAGACUAUUCAUCCUCUGCUGAGUUCUUUGUCACCAUUGCAGUCUUCGCCUUCCUUUAUUCCCUCAUGGCUGCCAUUAUCUACAUAUUCUUUUUAAACAAGUACCGUGAAAACAGCCGAGCACCACUCAUUGACUUUGUAGUGACAGUAGUGUUCUCCUUCUUGUGGCUGGUCAGUUCCUCCGCUUGGGCCAAGGCCCUGUCCGAUGUCAAAGUGGCCACCGAUCCAGAUGAGGUGCAGCUCCUCAUCUCUGCCUGCAAAGACCAGACCAACACAUGUGGAUCUUUGCACGGACCUCGCUGGUCUGGACUCAACACCUCAGUGGUUUUUGGGUUUCUCAACUUUGUUCUAUGGGCUGGAAACAUCUGGUUUGUCUUCAAGGAGACCAGCUGGCACAAGGGUGCGUCAAGAUUUGCAGCUGGGGCGUCUGAGAAGCAGGGCGGCACGUUUAGCCAGCAGUCAUACAACCAGGGAAGCUUUGACCAGUCAGGGAGCUACAACACCCAGGGCAAUAUGGGUCAGCCAUCUGAGUACAGCCAGGUGGGAGGGCCCACUUCCUACCCCAGUCAAAUGCAGCAUCACAUUGGCGUUUUAUUUGUAAAGAGGGAGUUUGUCUCCCCUUAUUGUUUGCAAGUGGCUGCUCCUGCUACAAAUGCCUGGGACUGCUUCCUAUGCCAUCGUCAGACUGAUGAGUAAUUCCAGAUCCAAGUUCCACCUCUCUAAAGCAUGACCAGAGCAUCCACACACACACUAAUAAAGCCCAGCAAAAAAGCUAUAGUGACAACAGAAGACUAGUGAAUAUUAGAUUCAUCUGUAUAUAACGGCUACUGAGCUUUAGUUUACUUUAAAAAUCACAGUUCCUUUCUGCACCAUAGAGGUGUGACUUCAUGUAUGGUAAAGUCAAAAUCAAAGGAUAAUGUGUGGUUGCUGUUUGUUUACAUUAAUGAGACUUGUGCAACCCUGUUCUUUGAACUUCUAAGCAUGUGGCUCGCAUCAGUGUAAUAAACUAGACCGAACAUCCAUGUACUGUAUAAUAAUCUGGCAUCCUUGAUGACUGUGUACAGUUCAGGAAUUCAGGAAUUCAUCCUAAUAAAAAUGUAUAAAUUUGUCCACAAACGACUUCUUCAUCUGUUCUGAUAUCUUGAUUUGAUCUGUAACCUCUGACCCUUUUCCUUGAUUUCCCAAGAACAAAGCAAGGACACACCGCUGUCUUUCUGUUUGAUAUAAGAAACAGUGAUGUGCACUGCAAACUGAGACACAAAUGUAUGUG